AUGAGCACCUUGAGCCCCAACAAGUCCGGUUCGACCCUGCCAAAGUCGGUACACCACCAGACAUUCCGCAUCAACGCCGAUAAAUGCAAGACAACAGCUGCUGCAUUUCCGAUAUGCCUGGUCACUGGCGGCGCUGGCUACAUCGGGUCGCACACGGUCCUGGAGCUACUCACAGCCGGCUUUGCCGUGGUUGUCAUUGACAACCUGUGCAACAGCCACCUCGAGUCUCUCUGCCGUGUGCACCACAUUGUGUCAAAGGAAUUUGAAAGGUGCGGAGACACUUCUCGGCCCGUCCCUCCCAUUCUUUUCCACAAAGUGGACAUCCGGGACGCACACAGCAUCAAUGCAGUCUUCUCGUUCUGGCAGAACGCCAAAGCCGCUCUCGAGCCCGAGCUGCUUCCCAUCGACGUUGCAGCAAUGGUGGCUAAAAAGGCGUAUCCAAUGCUGGAGUACAAGAUUGACCCCACCAAGCGGUCGCAAAUCACUCCCCUGGCCCAUCACGCCGAGACUCAUGGAAAGAUCGUUUCUGUCAUUCACUUUGCCGCUCUCAAGGCGGUCGGCGAGUCCAUCUCGAAGCCAUUGGACUACUAUGACACCAACAUCGCCGGUCUCCUGGUGAUUCUCAGAGCCAUCGAGCGAAACGCUAUCAAUACCUUUGUGUUCUCUUCCAGCGCUGUCGUCUACGGCCAGGGGCACGAGGCCGGCAUUACGGAAGACACCGUUCAAGUUGCCGGCAAAGGAAGCGGUGGCGGACUACUCACCAACCCCUACGGUCGAUCAAAGUGGAUAUCCGAGGAGAUCAUCAACGACUUCUGUGUCGCACACCCAAAUUUCCACGCCACGUCAUUGCGGUACUUCAACCCGACAGGAGCUCACCCCAGUGGUCUUAUCGGCGAAGAUCCCAAGGGGACUCCCAAUAACAUCGUCCCAGUCAUCAUGCAGGCCUAUUCACGACGACGCAGCAGGGUGCACGUGUUCGGCUCAAACUACGAUACGGCCGACGGGACCGGAGUUCGGGACUACAUCCACGUGUCUGACCUUGCAAAGGGCCAUCUCGCCGCUCUCCGAAAGGCUGUUGCCGAUACGAUGGAGAACCCCGUUGACCGAUCACCAAGCUCAUCCCCAACGUCCCCGACAUUCCCGACACACGUACCGGGAGCCAACUACCACGCUUACAACCUGGGAACUGGCAGGGGCUACUCGGUGCUCGAAAUCAUCAAGGCUUUCUCCACGGCAGCCGGCACCUCCGUCCCAUUCACCGUCGACGCAGCCCGACCCGGUGACCUGGGCACCGUGACCGCCUCGCCCGACAAGGCCUCGACGGAGCUCGACUGGAAGGCCGAGUUCGACCUCCAGGACAUGUGCGAGGACGUCUUCAACUGGGCCGCGGCCAACCCGGGGGGCUACGAGGUCCUCCGGCGCAUGUCGACCCUCUCCGGGCUCUCGGGCGGCAGCGCCAACGACCUGCGCCGGGCCAGCGUGGCGUCGAGCCUCUUCGAGAGCGAGGAGGACUACAACAACUUCGUCAUGAACACGGCCUACCAGCUCUCCAAGAAGGGCGACGGCAGCUCCCGCCCCGGGUCGGUCCGCCUCUCGGUCAGCUCGGCCUCGAUGGGCGCCGCCCUCGCGCGGUUCCGCAACCUGUCCAUAUCGUCGGGCGGGAGCGAGGAGGAACACAAGAGCUCCGCCUCCAGCCCCACGGUUCCUCGGUUCAAUGUGAGUUGGGAGAACAGCUCGAAGCGCCCGCUCUCUCAGGUCGGUCCUAUGACGCCCAUGACGCCAACGAGCCUGCAGCCCAUGAUGGAGGAAGAGGAGGAGCCCACAAGCUCAAGGCCUGUUGCGGUCUAG